ACCAGUGAAAGAAGUAGUCGUAGUCUGGCACUGGCUCGGAGGCUAGCUGUGUUUGUGGGUGUAUUGUGGCAAUGAGGAGCAUAAUGAGUGUAUGGUAAACGUGUGGUAGUACUAUCAUUGUGAAGAGGUCACCCACAGGUAGGAAGAAUAUGAGUUUGAAGACCGAUCAUUUGAUUUUGAAAAACUCAGAUUUGAGGGUCCGUUUGCGUAGGGAGGUAAAUAACGCACCUCCAGGAACAUGGAAUACGGAAGAAAGAUAUUGCAACAAUGAUUCCAUGGACUCUGGAAUUGCCGGACUGAAAGAUCCACAUUUUAACAGCAACAAAAACAGUGAUUCAGAAACUUCAGAGUACAUUGUAGAUCCUUCUACAAGAACCACAUACCUCAAAGGAAAAUUUUUGGGGAAGGGCGGAUUUGCUCGGGUACACGAAUUAAUUGAUCUCACUACCAACACUGUGUACGCCGGAAAAAUCAUUCCCAAGAACCGAAUCACGAAAAGGCAUCAUAUGCAAAAGAUUGCACGUGAGAUACUAAUACACCAAAAUCUUGUGCACAGGAAUGUUGUGAGACUUCAUCACUUCUUCGAAGACACUGUAAAUGCGUAUAUAAUUCUUGAAAACUGCUCAAGAAAGUCAUUAGUACAUGUUCUGAAGCACAGAAAUGUCAUAACAGAGCCUGAAGUUCGAUAUUACCUGUGUCAGCUUGUAGCAGGCGUAAGCUACAUUCACAGUCAACACGUGAUACAUCGUGAUCUCAAACCAGGUAACAUGUUCCUUGGUGAGGACAUGGUCGUCAAAAUUGGUGACUUUGGUCUGGCGACGCAGGUGGACGGUGACAAACGAGUGACAAUCUGUGGAACUCCAAAUUAUAUAGCACCAGAAGUGUUGAAUAAAUUGAGCUACAGUUACGAAGCCGAUGUAUGGGCGAUCGGUUGCAUUAUGUAUGCGAUGUUGGUUGGACAACCUCCUUUUGAGACUGCGACGCUGAAGGAAACGUACGCCCGUAUCGUAGGCAAUAAGUACGCCCUCCCGCCUCUGGCGUCAGAACCCGCGAGAUCUUUGAUCUGCGAGCUUUUGCAGCCAAAACCUGAGGAUCGACCUAAAUUGGAUGAAAUUUGCAAACACGAGUUUUUCACUAGUGGUUACAUGCCCGAGUCUCUCUCUCCGUCGUGUUGCUACACAAUGCCGAAAUUUGCAUCUGUUGCCUUGCUUUCGAGGCCGCCACAGCCACAGUCUCAGAUCAUAUGCCAAGCUCCAAUUUUGAGUCAAGAUCUGAAAUCUCUGACAAACUCUGUAUCUACAUUAAAAAUUCCUACGCAGAAAAGUCCAAAUACCAUAGCCAAGUUCUCCCCAAAAGAUAAGGCAGCCUGCAGUAGUCCAAGUGCUGGGAGCAUUAUAGCUUCCAUACGCAAAGACAGAGACGCACGUCAAAGCUCUCUGAAACAGAAGCUGAGCAGCGUGUUAUGUCCUGAUAAAAUGACAUUAUGUCGCAAGAGACCAAAUAAUGCUGUGACGUUGUAUCGGUUUCUGUCGGAUUGCUUUAAUAAGAUGCCCCCUGCGAAACCAUCUGGGUCCGACCCAUCUGGAAAUCCCCCGCGGGUUUCUUCGGUAUCACCGCUGUUUGUAUCCAAGUGGAUAGAUUAUUCAAAUAAGUAUGGGUUUGGAUUCCAGCUGUCCGACAAGUCGGUCGGCGUCCUGUUUAAUGAUACUACUCGUAUGAGCUUUACACCCGACCGCAAUCGGGUGGAAUUUCACGAUAUGCACGGGAAGGUGACUGCCCAUCCGCACAACUCCGUACCUGCGCCACUUCACGAGCGGCUAGCGUUACUGCAGUACUUCACUGAAUACAUGGACGAACAUUUAACGGAGGGGGGCGACAUAAAACAUCAGUCUCAAGUAGCUGCAGCCAAUAGACAUAAAUCAACUGUACCUCAUAUGAAGCGCUGGGUUCGUACUAACACUGCCAUCAUCAUGGAACUGUGCAAUGGAACCUUGCAGAUAAACUUCUUCAAGGAUCACACAAAGGUGAUCAUCUCUGCGGAGAAACACGGCUACAUGGUGACGUACAUAAACGGCGAACGUCUCAGCUGCUCUUAUUGGCUGGCCCACAUCUCGCAGUUCAGCUGCGAGACAAACAUUUACGAUCGCCUGUGGUUCGCCACCGCCGUCGCGCGCGAAUUCGCCGAGUUGGACGGAGAAGAAGUUUGACGUACUUCGUCAUAAAGUAUUCUGUGAUUAAUUUUGAUAUAAAUUUGAUUGUGACUACUGGGGGCAUAUAUUAGCCUUACAACAGGGAAUAUAUGUCGUAAUAUAUCACAUAUAUAUAUAUAUAGUUAGGAACAUGUUUAAGUCAAACCUGAAGAUAUAAAUGAUAAUGCCGCGGAUGUAUGAAUUAACAGAUAGUUAUACUGUGAUACACGACCACUUCCAUUGAAUGUUAAGACAUUUAGUUAGAAAGGAAGUCGAAACUAGUGAGAGCAGUUGUAAUCAGUGCCUAGAAGACUUGUCGAAGUCUAUAUUAUGUAUGUUGUUAAUUGUAAGUUGUAAAACAAAACGUAAUGGGUUUCAGAACCGUCACAGGGACUCGUUGCUUAAGACUGAAACUUCAGUUACGUUGGUCUUGUAAUUAUUUCUCCCAGCAGUCGUAUGUUUUUCGGUGCGUAGACUGCGGAAAGCCUCUUAGUAUUAUGAAAAAUGCGUUCGAUAGUCAGAAUAAAUACACUGCCUUUCAAGGGCGUUAUACUGCCAGAGAAGUGAUGGCGCAUGUUUAUAGUGAUAAUGGUAGCUGGGUUGUUGACUCGUUAGGGCUUUCAUUUUCAGUUCAUUAAUUAACUCUGUAUAUAUAUUCCGUUGGCUUUUGUUGCUCUUAAAGAAUUGAUUUUUUUUUUUUUUGGUAUAUUUCAGUGAAUUAUCUCAUUAUGUUAUGAGACUACCAAGUUAACAAUUUAAUUGGUGCUUUCAUGUAUUAGUAGCGAAGUUUGGUAACGCUGAUUUUUUUCUCCCGUCUCAACAACUUACAGAUUUAGUACCGAUAACAAACGUAAAUCUGACCCCUGUCUGUGAUACAAGGCUUCUUUGUCUCAGAUUGACACUAAAGAAUUUUUUUUCUGGUUUAAGCGGGCGUUAAUUCUGUUAAUUAUGUCAAAUUUAGUAUAUUCUGUGUAAAUGCCUCUUGUAAGCAGAUGGUACUUCAAGAAAUGUACUAACGUGCGUUGAGUAAUUUAUAAGGUAAAAUUUAUACGAACCUAAUGACAAAAGAGUAAUGUGUAUCGGCACUUACUGUCGGGUUCAGAUGCGUUGAUUUCAGUACGCUACAAGCCACCAAAAUUAUUUUCACCUGAAAUACUCUCUAAUUUGUAGAAAGUGCGGUAAUCGAUACCGUGCAUUUUAGUGACUAUAAAUUACAACCUUCUUUCAGACAACUAUUCAAUUUUUACUGUAAAUUUUGUAGGAAUGUGAGAUGGUACUUGGUUUCAAAAAAUAUUUGUAUCAUUUUUUACAACAAAUAUUGGGAAUAUAUUCUUUAUGGUAAUACUUUUUUUUUAGUUAUGUAUUGAAGUUUGAAGUGCCAAGUUUCUGGUUUCGUGCGUCAGAGACGCCAUAAAAUGGAAUUUGACAUAUAUUUAGAUAAUAUCGGCUUUAUUUAUUACGUUAAUUUUGGAGAUCCAUCUGCAUUUCCACAUUCAAAAGCCGUGGUAAUUUUUAUGAUACAUUUCUUGUGAAAGUUUCAAAACUAUUAUGUAUUAAGAAACUUGUGUACAUGUGUAUUAGAAAUUUAGUUUGUGCACGUUAAUAUAUAAGGGAAUUUUGAAAUUCAUUCGUGUCGUACGAAUGAAAUAUUAAAUGACACCUCACACAUUUGGUCAAGAGAAUUGCUCAAGCAACUGCACGCAGGAACAGUUGAGGAAAAUACUGAAAAUAAAAUGGAUAAAAUGAAAAGGUUUAUCGGGGUGCGGUUCUUACUUAAAUGUUGGCGUGCAUGAAUUUAUAAUGUACGAGUUUUGUAGUUUUGUGUAGUGGGUAUAACUGUAAAAAAUUGUUUAAUUUUCAACAUAAAAAUAUAAUACCAAGACUGAAACGUCAGGUACACAGUGAAAAAUGAAUAUGUGAAUAGUAGAAUUUAAAUUAUAAUUAAUUUGAGAUGCAUUAUAUUCAUGCGUUAUGCUGGAAAGGACUAGGAAUUUAUAUCGACAAAAUUAUAAAUUUUGUUUUCAAAUAUUGCUCUGAGAAGUCGAAGUAAUAAGAAGCAUGAUUUAAUAACAAUUCCGUAAGAAAUUCGAGUAUGCCGGGCGUCCACCGUGGGUCAGACCCCAUGCUAAACUCUGGGUUUCCCUUGUUGACCAUGAAGUUUAUAAUGACCUGAUCUUUGUCGGUAAUAGGAUCCGCUGUUUGAGUGGCCAGCCUCGGAAAUGGAUUCUAUACUUGCCUGGGGUCAACGGAGGCUUGAGAACGUCGUAGUAGGUCAUGCUUGGGGGGGGUAUUAGAAACCAUCAUUAUAUAUCAGCAUUGUAAUAUAAUGACCAUACGCUACACUGUUACAAAUUACAUCGCGCACUUCUAGUUCGUGUCCGACACUACAUUGUCUGCAGACUUCACAGCUGGAACUAAAUCUUAUACUGUAAAAGAAUUGAUUAAUGAAUUAUGAAAUUUUUGGUAAUUGCUUCGAAAUUAGCGAAAUAAAUCGGUGUCCGUAAUAUAAAGUAAAAUGACUUUUUGAAUUUAUAUUGUGUGGUGAUUCUACUUCUGAAAAUUUAACGAUUGCUAGGGGAAGUGUCGGUCAUCAUUUGGUUUGAUAUGUUGUCCGAGAAAAUGCGUAGAAGGGCGAAGGAGUCUGGUAAUUAAAUUUGUUGUGUGGCAUGACUGGGAACUACUGCUAUUACAUUAUGCUUCAUAGUAAUUUAACUUCUGAUGCAUAUUUCUUGCACGGUGCUCUCCAGGUACUCUCUAAAAUAAUUACAUAAGACUACAAAGCGUUAUACUGACCUGUUGCGUGUAAUUAUUAUGAGUGAUUGAAUUAUGUUUCUUACAAUUAUUGGGAUUUGUGGUAAGCUGAAAAAUUCUUCACGUGUUCUUAAUUAUUUUAUGAAGUAGAUUUUGUUAUAAUUACAGGAGUUACACAAAAAAGGCUGCACUCAACUUGGAUAAAAUGUGUAGUUGGCAAUGAGGUAAUUCUGUCGUACAUUUACGGGACCGGCGAGGUCUGUUUUUCCAAAGUUUGCUGUUUUAGGAAAGGAAUGUUUCAGCCAAGUGGCGUUUCAAAUUAAUUAAAAUUUACUGCUGGUUUCAACUGGUUAUCUGCCACGCUGGAGUGUCAGCUCUCAGUAAUUUUCUGAUUUCUUGGUCGGAGGGGCGCUGUAAGUUCUAUCCUUAUUAUUUCACAAAAUGAAGGUAGGCGAGCUGUAAUUUCAGUUUUCCUCACAUCACGUGUUGCAGUAAUUAAUUAAAAUGUUGUUAAUAAAUCCAUGUUUUAUUAUA